AACAAGCACGGGAAACAACUCUAACGUCAUGGGAUCAGAGCUACAAGAGUGGCUGACGAUAGCUGUGUGGUUGUUGUGUAAAGUUGUCUUUUGGCCGUUCCUUGCACUCGUGAACUACUUGGAGCCGUUGGAAGCCCCUACAACCACAAUGGAGCCUUCAAAAAUAGCAAAAAAUCAAGUGAAGAAUGUGUCCACUGGAGAGAUGGUGCCCAUUGAGUCAUUCUGGAAGGAUUCUCGAGUGGUCCUCAUUUUUCUGCGUCGCUUCGGAUGACAGUUGUGUCGGGUUGGAGCCCAGCAGAUAAGCCAGUUGAAACCUCGGUUUGAUGCUAACAAUGUUAAAUUUGUGGGUAUCGGCCUUGAGGAACUUGGCGUAGAGGACUUUGUGAAAGGAGAAUUUUUCAAAGGAGACCUGUACAUUGACCAGAAGAAAGACUGUUACAAAAAGCUUGGUUUUAGAAGGUUAAAUGUGUUCUCCCUGAUCCCAUCUAUGUUUGGGAAGAAGACAAGAGACACCCUCGCCAAGGGUAAGGAGGAGAACGUGAGUGGCAACUUUCAAGGCGAUGGUUGGCAGAACGGAGGUGCUUUUGUCAUUGAUCAAGGCGGAAAAGCUCUCCUGACGUACAAGCAAGAGAAUCCCGGGGAGCACGUGGACCCGAACGAUGUGUUGAAAGCUCUGGGCAUAGAAGGCAGCGUGGAGGUGGAGGCAGCUCCUGCAGUGGACUGCGACAACGGAGCUUGUGCCCUGCCCAAAAAGUCACAGUCGUAGUGAUCAAAACAGUUCAGUUGGCUGUUUGUUAAGCUUUAUAAAAUGUGAGGAAGAAAAAAAAAUACUGCACAUAGUCGUACGGUAGAGUUAAGUUGUGAAAUAUUCAGGUGGGAGGAUGGGUCUGGCAGUUGAAGGUGUAGUUAUUGAUUAGAAACAGUUUAUAAGGCUUUUGUUUCUGUGUCCUUCAGGGUACAACUGAAACAUGAAAUAUAUCUUGUAACUUUUAAUGGAGUUACGUGCUGGACAUUCAUUUUAGGAUGGUACGAAACCUUUGUUGAAAACGUAAUGGCACAGAUUGUUUUGUUAUUUUUCUACUACAGUGUGCAAACACCUGCACUUGUUUUAGUUAUGUGAUAAGAGAGAGGAGGUUGUUUUUUUCUAAACGGUCAGUAGGCGUAUUUUGUAUUCUCUUCACUAUGAAAAAACAAAAAAAAUUGCAGGCUUGCCAACCUUCCUGAAUUUUUCAGGAAAUUCCAGAAUUGCAAUUGUCAUUCCCGAACCUUUCCCGAGACACCAGCACGAUGUGCCCCCCCCUCUCCAAAAGUAUUAUUUUUUUCUUAGAAAAACCAAAACUCGAAGGCAUGGACAAAGGGGUAUGUGUAGUAACUGUGCUGUUACAUUCUCAUCUCUCUCUCCGUUUCUCCACUGGUUUGUUUGAGCGGUUUUUGUGGCCUAUCACAGGAGUGUGUGUCCGUGGCGCUCUGAAGCAUUCAAAAUUCCAGAAUUCAGUAGCUCAAAAGUUGGCAAGCCUGUAAUUGGUUUUUCUACUAACCACAUGUACACAGUGUUUGUAAAUAGCAUUCUGAGUCAAUGACACUACACAGAGAAACUGGUGCUAUCUCUGCAGGGUGAGGAGUGUUUUUGCCAAUAUUGCACGUGUUGUUGAUGUUGUUAUGCCAGGAUGAGAAGCAUUUGAAAAGCAGGAUGGUAGAAUGUUAAGAGUCGCAUAAAUCAGGUUUAGUUUAGAGGAAAUCAAAUUUUCAAGUUCAAAACGGGCAAUACUUUGGUAGUCUUCUGUACUGUAUUACUGUCUUUUCAUUUUGGUUCAGGUUUUCUGCGAGUGCCUUAUUGCUCAUGUGGUGGGGGAUGAUGAAGUGUUGUAGUCUUCUCCUGAUUUCAAUAUAUUUAUUUGUUGUUCUGGAACUAAAGAAUGACAUUGGGAAAAUCAAAUGUAUCCGAAUUGUGACUUGCGCAAUGUAAUGUUUAAGUUUUAGCCAGACAGAAUACUUAAUGAUUUCAUCGUCUUUAUGAUUUGGGCCUGGAAAUUCUCUUUUAUUUAUAUAGUUCAGGGAUAUGGUGGAGAGCAGAAAUUUACAAUUCGAGAGUCAGGACAUUUUUCCUGGUUUUCCUUCUUUUUUUUUUUUUUUUGACUGGCUCAGGUAUUUCUACAUGCUUUCAUCAAAAUAUUUCGGGCAACUUUUGAUAUACCAUAUACAUAUGUCUGAUUAGAAGAUCUUGUAGCGAAACUUUUUUUUUUUUUCGCAUUUUGACGUUGUCAUCUCUUCUCAAAGUUUUGAUUCCGUGGUCAAGAUUGUUUGUCAGUUUGUAGUGAUAGAUCUAGGUGAAUACAUGACUCGUGAUACAUUCCUGUGCGAUUGAUGUGGACUGUAUAACUGUAUCAUUCUUUCAAUUUCAUUUGUACUGUAUGGGUUCUUACAUUUCAUUCAGUUUUUAUCAAAGCCUUAAUUUAAUGCUCGUUAUCAGUACUGGGUGCUAGUGAAGUGUGUAACUGGUGAGUAUACACGUGUCCAAACUGGCAACUGCUGGCUUCAAGACUGACUGGCUGUGCUCUUGUGUUUGACGCAGGCACCAAAAACCCCUCGGGCACGGUGUCAGCUGAAUGGUCUCUCGUGACAAAAAGAGCACCGCCAGCUUUCUUCGGCAGGGCAACACUGCCAGUUUGCACAUGUGUAGUGAAGAUUGUGCAUCUUGACUAGGCCACAGUAUCAUGAUAUAUAUAUCAAACUUUUUCUUCAUUGAUAGUAAUGAUAGUUUGUUGAUAGUUAUUUUUACCAAAGUUCACUGUAUAAUUCAAGAAUGAGUAUAACAUUUUUUAUAUUUUUGCCAUUAUAGAAAUGAAACAUUAAAAAAUAUUCUGAAUAAAAUGUUAUAAAGUCA